AAGGAACGCAAUCUGAAAAAGUGGAACAAACUCAUAAUGAAGCAGGGAAGUUUGAAGAUGAAACCGAUGAUGUGUCAAAACCAGUAGCGUUAUCCGAACAGAAGGUCGAUGAUGAUUCAAAGACGCAGGAUGAGGAAGUAAACGAACAAAAAAAUCCUUCCGUGCAUGCCAAUUCUUUCAACAAAGUUAUUGCUGUAACCAAACGUCGAAAUGGAAAAGAUAUACUUGAUGUUGACGAGAAGCCAUGGAUGCAAGUGGUUGAGUUGUCUAACGUCGAACGAGAACAACUUGGAAAAAUGUAUAAGGAUUCGAUACUUAUUAUUAUGCUAAUGUAUACUCCUAGAAAUAAGCAAUCUAAAUCUCAUCAUAGCAGAGCUGUAGAUAAACGUUCUAAUGAAGAGGUGCUCAUCACGGAUCUUAAGCGAUUUUUUGUUCAAUCUUCAGAACAAAAUAAACCUAUUUCGGAAGAGAUCAAGGAAAUUACUCUUAUCGAAACGAGGAAAGAUUUAUCGAAGUCACAAUUAUUUAAUAUAUUACUUCCAAGCAUGUAUGAUGAUGCAUCAUGGGAAGUUGUAAACAAAGAUCUCACUCGAAAGGAAAAAUUAUUUAAAACUGUAUAUCAAGUUAUUUUUCUUAGAUCUUGGGAAAAGUUUAUGACUCAACGUAACACAAGCCUUUUACCUAAGGCACCGCUUCUUUUUAAGGCUUUUUACGACAAAGAUUAUGUGGAAGAAGAUUCGGUUAUGGAAUGGUACGAUCAGGCUAAAGAUUCUAGUGAUGUGAAAAAGAAAUGCGCAGUUUUUGUCGAUUGGCUUAAGAAUGCUGAAGAAGAAGAAUAG